AUGGUUUCUCCCGUUGCCAAGCAGCGUUUCAGGCUAGCAGUACCGGCCCUCAUUGCGGUGCUGCUGUUCGGCUACGUUCUCCUCGACACCUGGCGGCGCCGCGCCAGGCAGCCCGCCGUGCACCCCUACCGCGACGCCUUCAACCCGCUGGACCACUGCAACUCCCCGUACGACGCCGUCAUUGGCUACGCCCACGGCAUACCAGCCUUUAGCAACUGCCAUCGCCUCUGGACGACAGAGGUGCGCUCGUACGCAGCGCUGGGUGACCCGCUUGACGUGCGGAGAACCCCAAUCUCAGACAGUGUGGGCCUAUUCCGUGCGAUGGGUCACUGCUGGGACGCGGCAGAAUUCAUUACGCGCUUCUACUACUUUCAUCGUGGGAUUUUUUUCACCUUUAACGAGAAUGACUACGACGAAUACUGGUCGGGACUCUCGUUUGGGGAUCCAUUUGAAUCACAGCUCACCUACGAGGUCGUGCAGCUUCCAAACUAUGCAGAAGCCAAUACGAAGAAGGAGCGUAAGCGCCAGGCACCAAGGGUCGCGGAUAUUGUGGUGUGGUCGGCACAGCCUGAGCAGGACCUCCCGGUGGGCCACAUGGCGGUAGUGGUGGAUGUCGUGGAUGAUGUGAAGGCCGCGGGCGGCGAGACGCGACUCGUGGAGUUGCGGAAGAAACGGAUGCAACCGCUGCUGGUGUACAUUGCGGAGCAGAACUUUGACAACAAAGGCUGGGAGGGGCGGAACUACUCUCGUGUGCUGCGCUUCUCGUGGAGAAAGGAAACAGAAGCGGAGCUGCUGGAUCCCGACGGUCACUUCAUUAUCGGUCAUGCGCGCCCCGGAAAGGCGAAGUUGGAGGGGGAAAAUGAGAACUACGAUCUGUGA